AAACCAUGGCUUGUGAACCGAACCGCGCCCGUUUGCUGUUCAUGCUGUUAUUAACGUUCAGUUUCUUCGUGGUCGAGGUGGUGGUCAGUCGGCUCACGGCGUCGCUCGCGAUGCUCUCGGACUCUUUCCACAUGUUGUCGGACGUGAUGGCGCUGAUUGUAGCGCUGGUGGCGGUGCGUUUUGCCGAGCGCACACAGUCCACCAACAAGAACACGUUCGGCUGGAUCCGUGCAGAGGUGAUGGGCGCCCUCGUAAACGCCGUGUUCCUGACCGCGCUCUGCUUCACUAUUGUGCUCGAGGCCAUCGAGCGCUUCACCGAGCCGCACGAGAUCGAGAACCCGCUCGUGGUGAUCGCCGUCGGGGCCGCGGGGCUCGUGGUUAACCUGCUGGGUCUGUGUCUCUUUCACGGGCACGCGCACGAACACAGUCACGGCAAGUCGAAGCACAACAGGACGAACAUGAGCAAGAGCGAGAUGUCCACUGAAUGUGGAUCCACCGGAGAGGAGACCAACAACCUGGUCGGCGGUCACGGCAGGCCGAACGGCGUGAACUCAGACAGCAGAGGACCAGCUGAGCUCUCAGCUGUUCAGCUGAACGGCGAGCUGGAGCGCGAGCCUGACCUUGACCUUGAGCACAAGUAUGACCUUGACCUUGAGCACGGUUUGUCGACGUCUUCCCAGCUGAACAUGCAUGGUGUUUUCCUUCAUGUUAUGGGUGACGCGCUUGGCUCUGUCAUUGUCGUGGUCAGCGCCAUCAUCUACACCAUUGUGUGGCAUCCAUGCGAGCCGGACCUUCCCUGCAACAACACGUGCAUUGCCAACACACACUGCAGUGACCAAUAUCACCCUAACCACACACUGGGCUUUGGUGAUGCAGAACACAACAACACAAACACCAUGUCCAACAUAGCGGGGCCCUGCUGGGUGCUGUACCUGGAUCCGACUCUGUGCCUCAUCAUGGUCUACAUUGUACUGUACACGACAUACCCGCUCCUGAAGGAGUCCGCCCUCAUCCUGCUGCAGACUGUUCCCAAGCAGAUCGACGUGAGCCUCCUACGCGCUCGCCUGCGGCAGAUCGAUGGUGUUCUGGCUGUGCAUGAGCUCCACAUCUGGCAGCUUGCCGGAAGUCGCAUCAUUGCCACAGCACACAUCAAAUGCCAAAACCAUGCCUCCUACAUGAGCGUGGCAAAUCGCGUGAAGGCCUUCUUUCAUGAUGAAGGCAUCCACGCCACCACCAUCCAGCCUGAGUAUGUCAUGGUGAGCUCUGAGUCACACGACUCGUUCUGUGAGCUCUCCUGCAGCACACAGUGUGCUGCUAAGGUCUGCUGUCAAAAUGGCAAACCCCCUAACAACAAAAACACAAAUACGGAUAGUGGGAGCGAAGCGGAACCCCCCAUUUCCACCACUCUGGAGGUCAUCAGUGAGUCUCUGGAAAGCUGCUCCAAGUGACCUCCAAGUGACCUC